AUGGCCUCCAAUAAAACUACAUUGCAAAAAAUGGGAAAGAAACAGAAUGGAAAGAGUAAAAAAGUUGAAGAGGCAGAACCUGAAGAAUUUGUGGUGGAAAAAGUGCUGGACCGACGUGUGGUGAAUGGGAAGGUGGAGUAUUUCCUGAAGUGGAAGGGAUUUACAGAUGCUGACAAUACUUGGGAACCUGAAGAAAAUUUAGAUUGUCCAGAAUUAAUUGAAGCAUUUAAUUCUCAAAAAGCUGGUAAAGAAAAAGAUGGCACAAAAAGAAAAUCUUUAUCUGACAGUGAAUCUGACGACAGCAAAUCAAAGAAGAAAAGAGAUGCUGCUGACAAACCAAGAGGCUUUGCCAGAGGUCUUGAUCCGGAACGAAUAAUUGGUGCCACAGACAGCAGUGGAGAAUUGAUGUUUCUUAUGAAAUGGAAAGAUUCAGAUGAGGCUGACUUGGUGCUGGCAAAAGAGGCAAAUAUGAAAUGCCCUCAAAUUGUAAUUGCAUUUUAUGAAGAGAGACUAACUUGGCAUUCUUGUCCAGAAGAUGAAGCUCAGUAAUUGUUUGCAUUGUUUUUUAUAUAUAUUUAUAUAUAUAUAAAAUCUGGGUCUUGGUUUUUUUUGUUUUGUUUUGUUUUUGAUUUAUUAGUGUGAAGAAUAACUACAUGCUAAUGAAAAUCAAGUUUGAUAUGUUUUGAAGUAGUAUUGGGGGAGUUAUUGGGGGUUUUGGGUUUUUUUGUUGUUGUUGUUGUAUCAAUAGCACUGGUUACGUUGAACAAAUAAAUAAAAGCUUUCUAGUUGCUUCAUUUAUCAG